AUGGCCGACGUAAUGGCGCAACCACCUCAAGCCCAGGCUGGCACCUCCCAGCCCUUCGUCUCGAAAUGGGCGUCAAGGUACCGCGGGGCCACAGUCGAAGACCUCGACCCGCCCGCCGCCCUCUCGCUGACCCCCUCGGACCGCAUCUCGGUCGCGCUCAUGUCGGCCUUCGAGCGCGACUACACGCACCUGACCAUCACUGACUCGUCGACGCGCGCCCUGCUGGGAUACCUGUCAAUCCCCCACCUGCAGGCGCUGCUGGACGCCGGCCGCGUGCGGCCCGAGGACGAGGUGCGCACCGCCAUGGUCCGCUUCCGUCGCAAGGGGGCCAAGUACAGGGUCAUUACGAUGGAGACGCCGCUGGAGGAGCUGGAGGGGUUCUUUGAGGGGGUCGAGACGGGGGGGCAGAAGCAGGAUUUUGCGGUGAUUACCGAUUCGGCGAGGAGGUUUGUCCUGGGGGUGGCGACCAGGGCGGAUUUGGAGGAGUUUGUGAAGCGGCGGCCGGCUUGA